CCGACUUCCGAUCGCGCCCUAUCACAUUACACAAAUCCGCGCAUAGCAUUCAGUCGCGUUCAAACUUCGCUUCAAAUGGCAACAACUUGCAGAGUGUUGAUGUAGCUCCAAACGGUUCUCCAAACGGUUCUCCAAACGGUUCUCCAAACUCUCUUCACCAACUAUCGUACAACGUGGGAUGCUUUGUUCAGUGUUUGUUUUUGGCCAGUUGCAUUUUCCAUGGAUUGCAGUAUGAUCCCCGGUCCUUUAGAAGAGAUUGCCUCGGAGUAUCUGUACGUGCUGGUUGCUGCGAAUGAUGUUGUGGCACACAUUGAUUGGAUGUAUGGGAUAUACCAAACAUGGACGGGCACACAUUUUUACGCCAACCUGUACAUACCACCAGAGCAUUGGCAGCUGUAUCGGGACAAAAUCAACUACGUAAACCAAACCUGGUCCUCGCUGAGCGCUGUGGUUGCCGAAAAUGAGUGUCCGGAGAUGAGGGAGCUGCUAAGACCACUCGACGAUCGUCGGCUUGCUUGGCAGGUGACGAAAAUGUUCCUCAAUGACAUUCUUGAUGCUUCGGAGCAUCAUUACGCGAUGGAUGUUGAUUAAUGAAGAAUUAUAUAAAAAAGUUGUUAAAUUUUAAGAAAUGUUUGGUUUAAAACAUUUCGAUUGAAAACGGUUAAUAAAGAAUCUGUUCAUGUUACGUUACCUA